AUGCACAACAUCAAUCCCACAGACCUCCAAAACUUCGUCAAGCAAAUCCUCAUUGCAAACAACACAUCACCAACCCACGCUGAAACUGUCUCCAAAUGCCUCAUAUCAGCUGAUCUCCGUGGUGUAGAUACACACGGUAGCAACCGAAUCCCCUCAUAUAUGGAACGGAUCCGACAAAAAGUUCUUGACCCAAGCGCCAUCCCAACAAUUCGGCAAGUGACACCAGCGGUGGCGCAAGUCAACGCACACAACGGGUUCGGUUUUGUAGCUGCACACGAGGGAAUGAAGCUCGCCAUCUCGAUGGCCCAGACCUUUGGCAUCGGGAUGGUCUCCGUUAAGCACUCGAAUCAUUUCGGCAUGUCCGCGUGGCUGGUGCAGCAGGCACUGGAGGCGGAUAUGAUGUCUCUUGUGUUUACGAAUAGUUCACCCGCACUGCCCGUCUGGGGUGGGAAGGAGAAGCUCAUGGGUGUGUCGCCGAUUGCAUGUGGAGCGCCGGCUGGGAAUGGAAGGCCGUUUAUUUUGGACAUGGCUCCUUCCAUUGCUGCCCGCGGGAAGAUUUACAAGGCGCUUCGUCGCGGAGAGAAGAUCCCUACGGAUUGGGCGUUGGAUAAGGAUGGGGCAAGUACAAAUGAUCCUGCCGAGGCUUUGCGGGGGGUUAUGCUGCCUAUGGGUGGGCCGAAGGGCUCUGCGUUGUCUGUUAUGAUGGAUGUUUUCUCCGGUGUGCUUUCUGGGUCUGCGUUUGCUGGACACGUUACCAACCCGUAUGAUCCGUCGAAGCCAGCUGAUGUGGGGCAUUUUUUGGUGGCCAUUAAGCCGGACUUGUUUAUGACUAUCGAAGAGUUCAAGGGGAGGAUGGAUUAUCUUUACCAGAGAAUUGUUGACUCGGAGAAGAUGGCUGGUGUGGAUCGAAUUUAUUUCCCUGGUGAGAUCGAGAUGAUGACCGAGGAGAAACGGUUGGUAGAGGGAAUUCCUUUUUCCGCCGCUGAGAUUGACAGCUUGAACAAGGAGGCUGACCUCGUCAAGGUCAAGCAUUUAAAGGUUUAA